AGUUCGACAGAGGAGACGCUCGUUUUCUUCCUGCAUUGCUUCUGCUCAGAAAAACGAUGCCACGUAUCAGCCUCCAGCAAACCUUGUUGAAAACCUUCUCAGCAUCUAUGAAAAAGGAAAAAUACAGAGCAGUGAUUUGUCUCUUAAUCGUGGCAUACUUCAUAAUUGCCUUUAACCUAUUGCCAACUGAAUCCAGAUGGGUAUUGCCAGAACUAACGUUUUUCUUGCAGCAAACUACUCCUGCACUUUUAAUCUCCCAGCAAAGCAUCACUCCCCUCCCCAACACCAAGCACUUCCUGGUGUCGGCUUUCAUGGACCAGAGAAGAAAAGCUUAUGAUGUCCGGAUCAUAGGAAUAUUCAGAAGAGACUCCAUCCAUCCUCUUCAUUGCAUUUUCUUCUGUGCUGGAUUUAACAGUGAAACCACUUCUGCCUCAGUUCUACUACACUCUGAUCACUUUGGUUUUCCCUUCGGAGCUACAGAUGUUCUGUGUCGCAUACCUGAAAACUGUGAUGCAACUCAUGUGACUCUUCUGACCCAACCAAGUCCAGUUAAUGUAUCUGAUCAUCUAUGGCUGCCAAUAAGAAACAAAAAGACCCCCAGCAAGGAGAACAGACUGAACUUCACUGUCUGCAUCUCAAACCUCUUUGGAGAUUACAACAAUGUGCUUCAGUUUGCACAAACUCUGGAGAUGUACAAGUUACUCGGUGUGAACAGAGUGGUGAUCUAUAAGACCAGCUGUGGUCCUGAACUCGACCGUCUUCUAAGGAUCUACAGUCAGGAAGGUUUUGUAGAAAUGGUUCCAUGGCCCAUCAACAAGUAUCUGAAUCCGUCUAGAGGCUGGAACUUUGCAGAACAUGGAGGAGACCUGCAGUAUUUUGGUCAGAUCGUCACCCUCAAUGAGUGCAUCUAUAGAUCCAUGGAGCGUUCACGCUACGUCCUCCUGAAUGACAUAGAUGAGAUCAUAAUGCCAUACAAACACGACAACCUGAACGCUCUGAUGGAUUCACUGCAACCACGACAUUCAAAUGUAGCACAGUUCCUCAUUGAAAACCACAUUUUUCCCAAGAAAUAUUUUGAGCCAAGUGGAAGAUUCCAUCUUCCUCAAUGGAGGAAUGUGCCAGGAAUUAACAUUCUGGAGCACAUCUACAGAGAAGACCCUGACAGGAAGAUUUAUCACCCACACAAGAUGAUAGUUCAGCCAAGGUUGGUGGAACAGACAUCAGUGCAUGAAGUCAUAAAGACGUUUGGACUGCGGCUCAAAGUUCCAAUGGAGGUUUGUCGCAUCGUUCAUGUCCGUGUGGCUCUGCGAAAAUCACUGAAGCUGGUGGAGCUUAAUGAGGACAAACGACUGUGGGACUUCCAGGAAAAACUGAUUCCCAACGUGGACAAGGCUCUGCAGAAAGCAGGAAUGCUGAGGGAGGAGGAGCAGAGCUGAGGGAACGGGAAGAAG